AUGCCGGCAAUCCCGGCAGACUUGAUUUACGACAAGGAAAGGCACAAAUUCAAGUUGAUGCCAAGUCCAGAGGAUAUGGCAGAGCGAUUGACGGACGGCUCUCAGAGGCAGAAAGAUGUGUUUUUCCAGUUGUAUAACUCGGCAUUGAAGGAUUUUGAUGUCAAGGGAUACGACUGGCUCAUGAACACAGCGCAUAGUGUGACAGCUAGAUUUCGAUUCCCUUUUCAGUGCAAUCCGGGGGAGACAGGCGGCCCUCCAGCAGAGGAGCCAAAGACGCCCUUCCCAGGAGGCCCAUUCCGCAGUUUGUUCGGCUUCGAUCUGACAAAAUGGCUAACCGAAUUGGUGUCGAAGAUCCAGUCCGAAGCAGGAAGCCAAUCUCCCGGCCUUGCAACGGUGUCCAUGAUAUCCCUCAUGAUGGUCAAGGGCCUCGUGCAGUCAGUCGCAGCCACCGUGAUGGACAUUGUACCACCGCUCAUUCCUCCGCCAGUGUGGAUUAACCAGCCGCUGCCUUGUCUCCCCAUGCUCACAGGGCGCAACUGCUUCGGUUCGGUGCUCUAUCCGAUAACGAUACCGGACUUUAUAACUGCAGACGUCACGGACUCUGUCAUGGAAGGUGUGAUCGGCAGCUUUCCCUCGAAAUACCAAAACAAAGUUGGAAAAACAAGCGAAACGCAAUAUCGUAUUUGUGCCACGGCGUAUCUUGGAAUGUACUGUGCCAGUAUCUUUCCACACUGCUGGAUGCCGCAGGGCAUGAAAGAGGCAAUGGCACAACCCCUGUGCUUCCCCCACUGCAUCGCCACGCUUGUUGCGUGCCCAGGAUUUUGGUUAGACGAUAUUAUGGGGCCCUGUAGUGACAUAUCGAUCCCGCCGUUCUGCUCCUUUUCGUUAUUUCUGAAUCACAAGAGAGUGCCUCCCCUGUACACCACCCUUGCUCAAGACCAUCCGUUCCCCCGGGAAUGUCCAAAGUUCGAUCCGUUGUACGACAUUCCCGAUGAUUUGUUUGUUCCCCGCGCUCCUCUUCCCUCCCCAUUUGUGGAAGAAGAGCCCCCGCAAAUCCCAUGUAAGUGUGCUCUAAAGUUGCAGGAAACAGCACAGUCGCGCCAACGCACUUCCAGAUCCCCUCGACAAAGGGUCCAAACGACUGCUGCGUACGCUGCAAGUUUUAUGCCGCAGGUGAGGCACACUGCAGCUGCCAGUCGAGCCGCCUCUACGAGUGGUGCUUCCGGCCGAACAGGAGCAGCAGCAGAAGGAGCAGACUCCACAAAAGGAAUUGCUGCAGACAUAAACAUGGGGAGCGUAUUUCGAGCCUUUACAGAUGUACCCUAA